UUCGUCGGUAUAUGUCAAAUGAAAGAGUAAGUUUGAUUGACUGUCGCAAUGGCGUCGUUUCGAAUUCGCGUCCGACGAGCCAAUCGGAUAUGCCGUAUCACUCCGCGUAUUGUUUGCAAUGUCGCCGCCAUAUUGCGAGCGCAGCGCGGGUCACCGUCGCGUGUAUGGCUCAUUCCUGAAAGCAUUUUCGAUCGAGUAAAUAUUGUGCGGUUGUUUGUAAAAUAAAUAAAUCCAUCGCCAUGGAUCCCGCGAAGCUGAAAGUGGUCGAGCUGCGGGCAGAGCUCUCUCAUCGCGGUCUCGAUACCAAAGGAAAUAAAGCUGUCCUCGUCGAGCGACUCCGCAAGGCUUUGGAGGACGAAGAAGCCGAAGACCAAGUCGAAGAAACGACGAUCCCUGAGUCGAACGAUAAGGUAGGUGUGGAUACCAGGGAGGCACAACCACACGAGCAGUCGCCAGAGCCGGAACCUGCAAAACCCUCACCAACCGCUAAAACACCCGGGGGGCGAUCUGCUCGCAGUGCUUCAGCUACCAGCCCUUCCAAAACACCUUCGAGAGCAGCUGCGAGGGCGAAACAAUCGCCUUCUCCAGCCAAAGCUCCACCACCGGAAGAACAGAGGAAGCCUUCCCCUGUACCUGAGGAACCAGCUCCCGAGCCAGAUGUGCGCGAACCUGAGGUCCCUCCUCGAGUUGCAACGCCUGAAAAUAUUACAGAUCGCUCCACAAGAUCACCAGUGAAAGAAUCACAUACAGUUAGCCCUGAGAAGAUAGAGCCGCAGCCUGAAGAACAUGUCGAAUGCGUUCCCGCAAGUGUGGAGGAGAGUCCGCAGCAAAUGGAAGGACCUGUUUCACAAUUUGAAGUACAAUCCGAUUUCACGAAAACCGCUACAGAACAACAAGUGAAUGUGCCUGAAAAAAUAGAAGAGCAUUCGACUACCGUAAUGGAACAGCAGCCACAAGAAGAAUUUGUUGAGGAAACGCCUCCAGAAACCAAAGUUUCACAUAGCUCCGAACCACUAGAAAAACUUGAACCAGUUGAAUCUGCAAACCAAAAUGAUGAGAAUCUUGAUCCUGUCAAGGAAGAAAUGGCUAAAGAUGAUGAAUUGAACAAUGAAGAAGAAUCGAAGGAAGAAGAUAUGGAUGACAGGGUAUCCAACAAGGAAGAGAAUGAUACAAAAGAUUCAAUUGAAUCUGUCCAAAUCCAGGAGGAAUCUGAACAAGAUGAAAAGAAUGUCAUUUCUAAAACAGUAAACUUGGAACCAACUGUUCCAGGGGAAGAGGAUCCGGAAGAAAAUAUACCUGAAGAUAACAAAGAAAAAAUUGAAUACUAUGACUACGACGAAAGGACGGUGAAACGAGAAGAACAGGACGUAGAGAUGAAGGAUGUGAACAACGAAGAAGACAGCGACGCAGCAAGGGAUAGAGACCGGAAAGAUCGUAGAGACAGAAAGCGCAAAAGAUCUUCAAGCCCACAACAGGAACGGUACAGAUCACCACCGCCUGUAAAACCUGAUGACGAACCAGAGCUUGAGGAUGGAACUGUAGUAUUAUCCUGGUAUGAUUCGGAUUUAAACUUAAUGAUUAACAAGGAUCAUUUUUGUCAAGCAACUCCAAUGCACAGUGACGGUUUUGGCUAUAUUUGGGCUGGUGCUAGGGCAUCGUUUGGUUUUCGUAUGGGGAAACUCUACUAUGAAGCCAAAGUUCUCGAGAACUGCAAUAUAAACUUGGCAGACGAGGAAAAUCCGCAUGUAGUUCGCGUUGGUUGGUCUGUUGGCGGAACCUCGAUGCAACUCGGAGAGGAGAAGUUCAGUUACGGUUAUGGAGGUACCGGAAAGAUUUCGACAGAAUGUAAAUUCAAGGAUUAUGGAAAGAAGUUUGGUAAGGAUGACGUCGUCGGGUGUUAUGCGGAUCUUACGGGCGAGACAAAUAUCGACCUCUCAUUCACCGUGAAUGGGGAGGAUCAGGGAAUUGCGUUUUCAAUCUCCAAGGAGGAGAUCGGUGACGUUGCUCUCUACCCGCAUAUUCUUACCAAAAACUGCACGUUUGGGUGUAACUUUGGGCAGGUUGAGCCAUGGAGCAAGCGGAUCCUCCCAGGAUACAUUUCCGUAGGCGAGGUUGAUCCUCAAGAGAGAAUUACAGGACCUCGUAGACCGGAGAGAAGAGAAGACUGCGAAAUGAUACUGAUGUGCGGUCUUCCAGCUGCUGGAAAAACACAAUGGGCCUUGAAGUAUACAGCCAUACAUCCAGAAAAAAUGUACAACAUACUUGGAACGAACACUCUCAUUGACAAAAUGAAGGUGAUGGGACUACCACGAAAGCGGAACUAUCAUGGACGCUGGGAAAUUCUAAUUGACAAAUGCACCAGGGCUUUGAAUAAACUCCUUGAAAUGGCCUCGACAAGACGACGGAACUAUAUUCUGGAUCAGACAAACGUAUAUCCUACCGCACAAAGGCGCAAAAUGAGGCGUUUCUACGGGUUUCAACGGAAGGCUGUAGUUAUAGUACCAACGGACGAAGAAUUCAAGUUACGCACUGCUAAGCGUGAGGCCAUCGAAGGCAAGGAUGUUCCUGAUUCCGCGGUUCUGGAAAUGAAAGCAAAUUUCUCUGCACCUAAUGUGGGCGAGUCUUUCGACGUAGUCGAAUACGUCGAACUUGAGGAAGAAGAGGCAAAGAAGCUGAUAGAAAAGUACAACAAAGAAGGAAAAGAAGCUGGAUUCUCCCAACAACAAAUCAACAAAAGGCCACGUUUCGAGAAAGUCGAUAGUCACAGGGACAGCCGUGAUUCACGGAGUAGUCGCGACAGCAGAGACAGCCGAGAUCAUCGUGAUCGCAGGGGUGGAUACCCAGAAAGAAGCCGCAACAUGGGUGGAUGGCGUGGUGGCAAUAACGGAGGUGGUUGGCGAGAUAGGCCACAACGUGGCAGUGGAAGUGGCAGCGGUGGAGGUAGCGGAAGUGGCGGGAGCAGUGGCGGAUCAGGAGGACACCUUAGACACGGAGGAAACAGCGGGAGCGGCGGAUACGGCGCAGCUUCUGGUGGUGGAUGGAGGGGGGGCGGCAGAGGGGGACCUCUCGUGUCGUCGCACCGUGGUGGAAACGACAGACGUGGCGGUGGUGGAGACAGAAGGCCAGCAGGAGGAAACGAUCGCAACCGAGGUUCUCAGCAAAGACAAGGCGGAGGCUGGGGAGCCAUGGGUUAUCAAAGCUCGCAACAACAGAGUGGAGGUGGAUGGGGUCAACAGGGUGGAUGGUCCGGGAGUCAGUCUCAACAGGGUGGUUGGGGGCAACAGGGCGGGUGGGGACAACAACAAUGGGGAGGUUGGAAAGGCUUUGGUCAAAAUUCGUACGGCCAGGGUGGCUACAGUCAACAGAAUUACGGGAACGGAAAUUGGGGCGGAUGGAAUCAGCAACAGUAUUAUAAUCAAUAUUGGGGCCAGCAGCAGCAACAACAACAAUCUGGUCAAGCAGCCGUCACUGGUGCUGCUCAGGCCGCAACAACGACCGGCGGUGCGAGCUCGACGAGCUCAUCAACGACGAACUCAGGCACGUACGGGUAUUCACAGGGCUGGCAGGGCUACACUCCAUCCUACUCGUUCCCGACUCAAACAACGACGACGAAUGCUCAGCAAGCUCAGCAACAGAAGUAGAAGUAAUGAGACGUCGGUCACCAAUUUAUUAUUAAUUUCAGAAACGAUGAGCGAUAUACGUCACAGCAAUGUCGAAACUUUUUUAUUUGUUGACCGUGUACAGCCCAUAUGUUUGUACAUCUAAAGUAUUCGAUUAGAUGGUCGCGACUACGUUUAGCGAUAUUCAAAAGGUCAACCGUCGUAGGGAUUGUCUUGCCUGAGAGUACGUCCUGAGAAUAGAGCUAAUACACGCGCACCCGUUCGCUUCAUCAUCGGAGUCGACAAUUAAUCAACUUAAGGCCAGGGCGCAGACCAAGGUCAGCGGUUAGUGGCUAUUUACGUUUGUACGUACAGAGAUUAUAAUCUGUUAUCACGGUUAUUGUGUUGGUACAAGUUGACGGCAAGAAAUGUAUAAAUAUAUUUCUUAAUUAUGCGGAAAAACAACGGCAAAUAUCACAGACAUUUCAAUCAUGUGAAUGGAUCAAAGAGAAUCAGUGGAAUGUUAUCAUGUAUGGCAUAUACAUGUUGAUCACACGACGUGGGUGGUAGGUUCAGGGUUCAACGUUUUCAGUCAUUCCAGCAGUAUCUAUUUAUCUCUCCUCAUUGUUAUCAGACGCGAAUGAAUAUUGACUAGCUGAUGAAUAAAUAUAAACAGUUGCAACAUAAUUCCGUUACGGCGUUGUUUGAUUUUUCGCCGUCAGAUCUUACACACAGAUUUAUCUUUUAUGAAUUUUAUUUCGCGGUCGAGCAAAGGAUUGUGCGUUAGUUUCUUCAAAAUUUGAAGUUUCGCGUCUAAUGGCGUCUGUUGAGCGUGAUUGUUUAACGCGCGACUUUGAGCAUUCUUUCUAUCUGAUACUUCUUACCCGGGCGCACCUUACCAUAAAUUUAUAUACCCCGUAUUGUAGAUGCAUAUGAAUGAGGUGAGUUUCAAAUUGUACAAUGUACAUAUUAUGAAGCGUACGGAUUUCGAUUCGGAUAUUAUACAUAUAACUACUGCAAUUUUAUAAGGCUUUAAGUAUAAGCGAUCAAUUCAUACGCGACCAUAUUAUUGCGUUCCAUCAUGUCAUUAUCAGGGUGUUCCGAAUGUUCAAGCCCCGCGACAAUCGCAGCGCCCGAGAUAAACUGUAUACUUGUGUGUGACAUAAGAGUACCUCCCUACUGUUCGGAAUGCAACAAAAAAAAAAAAAAAUUAUUUACAAUAUAUCUAUUACAUUUAGAUUUUAAGCGAUACUAUUUACAUAUUAUCGUAAGGAUUGCAAAUAUGUAAUCGGAUAUAAAA